UGAAUCUCAAGCUUUUCCUUUGCAGAAGUUGCGUUUUUCUAGCUGCCCUAUAGUUGUAUCUCCGGCACUCGGUGCUUUCUUUCCACUUACGGACAAAUCCUUAAUUUCAUCAUCUCUUGGAGAAAUACCUCACACACAUGCUUUCUCACCAAGUAGAGGGUCGAGUGCAGAGCCUAAACAUUUCUUAUCACUGUAAACAAAGCCUAUCAGACCACCAUAAAUCUAAGCCUUCAGUUUUGUCAGUUUGACUUCCAGGUGUGAGAGAGCCUGCAAACUUCUUUUUUUUUUGGCGGGAGCGAGAGAGCCCGCAACUUAUACCGACUUGUUGCAUAUAAAUGUCAAGGUUUUUUUCCUGUGGCAUGGUAAUCGUUCAGGUUAAUAGUACAUGAGCGGAAGCCCAGCCAAUUCUAACUCGUAGGCGAGACCAAUUCCCGCCCCGAUUUGGACGUGAUUGCUUCAUGUGAAGUACUGUAAACGCGUUCUGUUUUACUCUUCUUGUAUCUGGUGGGGAACACAUUUCUAUUACUAGAAUGACAAAUAGGAUUGUGCACAUGUUUUCCACAGGUGUUGUCGGAAAAUUAGACGCCAGCUUAACCAUUCCGCGGACAUUCCUUUGUUUUUCUUUUCGGAUAUGCAAUUUCUUAGCCGUUGCUGAAAUUUGUCUUGGUCCACCGAGGACCAUUUUUUUUUCCGACCGAGUCGUUGACCAACUAGAAUGCUGAGAAAUCCAUGCCACGGCACUAGAGAGCGCGCCCACAACGGGAGGAAGCCAGACACCUCCACAGUAUCUCCACCUUCUUCGUCUCAUCCAGUUCCGACUUUAGCGGUGAUGAUACGUCUGGUUGCAGGGCCAUGCGGCUCUAGGACUGGAUGCGACCCGUGGGCACGUCGCGAGUGGUGGGGUAUGAAGAGAAAGUAAGGGGAGGGGCUUCACUGAGGAUGUUGAACAGGAGCAGGGGCUCCCCGGUGAAGGUGUGAGAGAGAGGAGGAGAAGGAGUUGCGACCAGUGGCAGAGCUUCAUGAGGGCCAUACCUAGCCCCCCCCCCCUCUCCCCAACUCCGAAGUCCAUCAGAAAAACACAUAGCGUGUGCGUGACAACCGAGAUUUGUGAAGCGGUGCCCACCUGAUUUGACAAGUCGGGCUAGGGUUUUCAGUUAGGUUCAAAGUGGAAGAAUAAGCACAAUGAUGUCUCCAGUGAGGGACGUGAUGUCCGCGAGUGUCACUGUCAUCAGAGUUCGUCGUCAAGACGCACUUUUGCUUGGUCCACAUCUUCCCACGCGUAGUAGCCGCAUCACAUCCAUUUUUGUGGAACCACCAUCCUAGAGACCACCAUAGGCCGGACCCAAAAAACCUCUAGAUUAUACCUAUGAGCCCAUCCAUCUCCUUCCAUCAACUCACCCACCUUACGGUCGAGAAGAACGGCAUCGUCCGUGAGCACCGCCUACAAAGGCGAAUAUGACAAUUCGCCAAUCGCUAGACAAGGGCGCCGCCCUGGCUACCGUGCCAUCGUCGUCGUCGGUAAGCCACCACAGUGGGAGGAUGAUGAGAGCCCCACCGAUGUCAUCCACCAUAAGUCCAAAGACCAGGUAGAGCUUGUGUUGUCACCAUUUACCACGAGGCUUCGGGAGGUGGCUAGGGUUGAAAGAAGGAGUAGAGGCGACCAGCACUUAUCGGUUACACCGAAUCAAUUCGAAAGUCUAUUGAAGAUUCACUUUGGAAGUUUAUUAGAACCAUUUGAGUUUUUUCUUGUAACUAGAAUAGUUUAUGGAUCAUUUGAAUUUCAAAGAUUUUCGUAAUCAUGACAGCGUUGCAUAGCGUGUGAGAAGAGAAAAUGGAAAGGUCAGGCGAACGGUUGGGAUGUCCACGUGGCCGAAGAGAGUGUGCAUACCCACCUUCAUAGACGUGCAGGUGCAGAAUCGUCCCGAAAGACAACCAAAUCUUUCUAGAUAAAACGCCAAAUUAUAUCAUAAUAUAUAGACCACGAGCAUAUUUCCUUGGACUGGCAACAAAAAAGAACCCACUGUCGAGUCGCGACUCAGCUACGGGGAGGAGACUUGACACAGCUGCGGCAAGCUGGCGCGUCGCAACUGCCACAGCCUUCCCGUCAACUGUCACGGUGCCGUACGUCCUGCACUGCCCACCCAACCGGCCAACCCCCUCACCCGAACCCCGCCAAGCCGGCUUAUAACCAGGAGGCAGGCAACCAACCGCGCAUAAACCGGCCUCGCUCGAGCCAACCAGAGAAGAAACUGGCCAUGCCUCCCCUCUGCCGCCCCCGCCACGGCCAUGUCAUCGUCCUGCUCGUCGUCCUCCUCGCCGGCGCUUCCCAUGGCGAUCCAGCCGACCGCCCGACGUGCCAGCUCGAGCCGCUCACCUGCGGCGAUCUCACUGUCCAGUACCCCUUCCAUCUUUACAACGGGACAGAGGAGGCAGUGCCGGCGUACGGCGAGCCGCAGUCGUCGUACUGCGGCUACGCCGGCCUGGCCAUCCUCUGCGACGACGACAAGCCCACCCUCCUCCUCGGGGGCCACGACUACACGGUGUCGGGCAUCAACUACACCAGCCUCACCGUCUCCCUCGCCGACGCCGAUGCGCUCGGCGACGACACCUGCCCCAUGGUCGAUCACAACGUGACCGUCCCGAAGCAGUUCCAUCUGCCCACCUCCACCGUCGCCUACCUCUUCUUCUUCCUCAACUGCACCUUCCCGCCGGAAGCUGAUUUCCCUCCCAAUCCCAAGCCAUUGCGCAAGCCGCCGAGCAUCAAGCCGGUCACCUGCAGAACAACCAAAGAAGAGCCUGCCGCCAUGUCCUUCGUGCUGCCGGAGCGCGAGAUCCCCCCCAAGGACUGGUGGCAGGCGUGCCGGUCAGUCUACGCAGCCCCGGUGCUCAAGGACGCCCUCCCGGCCGACGCGAAGGACCCCGGAUGGAGGGAGGACGGGUACGCGAAGGCUCUCCGCGGCGGGUUCCAGGUGGGCUGGGACCGGAGCUCCGGCCCGUGCGGCCAGUGCGAGCAAUCCGGCGGCAAGUGCGGCUACAACCGCGCCGCCGGGUUCCUGGGCUGCUUCUGCGCCAAUGGCGGCCUGGUGGUGGGCAACGCCGCCGGCUGCAGCAAGAUAUCCGACACCACCGCGCCAUUGCCCGAAUCGAAGAGGAAAUAUAAGAUGAUCAUAGCAGGUUCAGUGGCCGGUGCCGCAGUCUUUAUUGCUCUUGCCGCUGUAGCCGUCUUGUUCAUUCGCAAGAGAAGGCAGAGGAAGGUCGUGAACUCGUCUUCGAAGCUCCUCAAGUACAGGUACAGCGGCUCCGGCGGGACCCCGACGCGCUCCAGGGGCGGCGACAUGGAGUCCGGCAGCUCCCAGGACAUGGGCAACCGGUUCAGCUACGAGGAGCUCGAGGAGGCCACCGAUUCCUUCAACGAGAACAGAGAGCUCGGCGACGGCGGCUUCGGCACCGUCUACAAAGGUUACCUUGGGGACGGGCGGGUGGUGGCGGUGAAGCGGCUGUACAACAACAGCUACCGGCGCGUGGAGCAGUUCGUGAACGAGGCGGCGAUCCUGGCCCGGCUGCGGCACCCGAACCUGGUCAUGUUCUACGGGUGCACCUCCAAGGAGAGCCGUGAGCUGCUCCUGGUCUACGAGUUCGUCCAGAACGGCACGGUGGCCGACCACCUGCACGGGCCCCGCGCGGCGGAGCGCGCCCUGCCGUGGCCGCUCCGCCUCAGCAUCGCCGUGGAGUCCGCGGCGGCGCUGACCUACCUCCACGCCAUCGAGCCGCCCAUCGUGCACCGCGACGUCAAGACCAACAACAUCCUCCUCGACACCGACUUCCACGUCAAGGUCGCCGACUUCGGCCUCUCCCGCCUCUUCCCGCUCGACGCCACGCAUGUCUCCACCGCCCCCCAGGGCACCCCAGGGUACGUGGACCCGGAGUACCACCAGUGCUACCAGCUGACGGACAAGAGCGACGUGUACAGCUUCGGCGUGGUGCUGGUGGAGCUCAUCUCGUCCAAGCCCGCCGUGGACAUCACCCGGCAGAGGAACGAGAUCAACCUGGCCGGCAUGGCCAUCAGCAAGAUCCAGAAGUGCCGGCUGGAGGAGCUGGUGGACGUGGAGCUCGGCUACGAGUCGGACCCGGCGGCGAGGAAGAUGAUGACCAUGGUGGCGGAGCUGGCGUUCCGGUGCCUGCAGCAGAACGGCGAGAUGCGCCCGCCGAUCAGGGAGGUGCUGGACGUGCUCAGGGCCAUCCAGGACGAAUGCCUGGGUCACAAAGACGGUGGAGGCAAAGGCAAGAAGGACUUUGCCGAGCCCUUCUCCCCCAACACGGUGCACGCUCCCUGGGACAGCACGACCACCACCCCUAACACCAGCCAGUAGUAGUAGUAUUAGGUCAGUGCUUGCGACCGGCCGAGUUUUACUUCAUCACUGUUGAGAGAUUUGCUUGCCGUGUAUGAGGAGCGAUCCGACGAUUCUUUUUUGUCCCUUUCAGGUGAUGUAAAUAUGUGAUUGGUUUUUUAAACUGCCACAGUAGAGACAGUACUGUACAUAUUGCAUACGUACAUUGGAGUGGUGUGCUGAACUGGUUAUAUGAUACAUAUGAUUACAUAGGUUUUUACCA